AUGGAGAGCGCAACAGCGGAUCCACACUUCGUGCUGGUUCCAUGGCAAGGAAGCAUCAGCCACAUCAUCCCGAUGACCGACAUCGGCCGCCUCCUCGCCUCCCACGGCGCGGCGGUCACCAUCAUCACGACGCCCGCCAACGCCCCACUCGUCCAGAGCCGCGUGGAAGACCUCGCGACACCACCACCACUACCACUACCUCCGGGCACGGCGGGGACGAUCACGGUCACCGCGAUCCCGUUCCCAGCGAAGGAGGCCGGCCUGCCCGAGGGCUGCGAGAGGAUGGACCUCCUCCGGUCCCCCGCCGACGUGCCGCGCUUCUUCGCCGCCAACAGACAGUUUGGCGAGGCGGUGGCCCGUCACUGCCGCAGCGAGGCGAUGCCGCGCCGGCCCAGCUGCGUCGUCGCCGGGAUGUGCCACACGUGGACGCUCGGCAUGGCGCGCGAGCUCGGCGUGCCGUGCUACAUCUUCCACGGUUUCGGCGCGUUCGCUCUGCUCUGCAUCGAGUACCUCUACAAGCACAGGCCGCACGAGGCCGUCUCGUCGGCAGACGAGCUCGUCAACAUCCCGGUCCUGCCGGCGUUCGACUGCAGGCUCUCGCGUGCGCAGCUGCCGACGCAUUUUGCGCCGUCGACGACCAUGGGUGCUGGGAGGAUGCAGGAGAUACGGGAGUUCGACGUGGCCGUGGACGGCGUGGUCGUGAACAGCUUCCAGGAGCUUGAGCACGGCUCCUGCGAGCUUCUCGCGGCGGCGACCGGCAAAACCGUCGUCGCUGUUGGCCCCGUCUCACUCUGCCGCUCACCUACUCUUGAUCCACAGGCCAUGACAGACGAUGCGAGGCAGGUCAUGGAGUGGUUGGACACCAAGGAGACGAAGUCCGUGGUGUACGUCAGCUUUGGCAGCGCCGGGUGCAUGCCACCGGCGCAGCUGAUGCAGCUGGGCAUGGCACUAGCAUCGUGCUCUUGGCCUGUCGUGUGGGUGGUCAAGGGCACCGACGACGUGAAGAAGUGGCUACGUGAGAGCUUCAACGACGACAGCAAGUGCUUGGUAGUGCGAGGCUGGGCUCCCCAGGUCCCCAUCCUGGCUCACCACGCCGUCGGCGGCUUCCUCACGCACUGCGGGUGGGGCUCGACUCUGGAGGCCAUUGCCGCCGGCAUGCCCAUGGCGACUUGGCCGCUUUUUGCUGAGCAGUUUCUCAACGAGAGGCUCAUCGUGGAUGUGCUUGGUGUUGGGGUAUCCGUAGGCGUGACAAAACCAACAGAAAACGUCCUCACUGCUUGUACAACCAACGGUAGCAAAGCCGAUGUCGAGGCGGAGGUCGGUACGGAGCAAGUGGCGAAGGCCUUGGAGAGGCUGAUGGAUCAGGGUGACGUAGGGGAGCAGAGGAGGAGGAAGGCUCAGGAGCUCAAGGCAAAGGCAAAUGGAGCAUUGGAGAAGGGUGGGUCAUCUUACAUGAAUUUGGAGAAGCUAAUCCAAUGUGCUUCAUGA